GCUUCACAAUUUCGAGUAAUCAGGAAGGGCAGUUUCCUUGCGGACGCGUUCAGAUUUUGAUCGACGUCCUGUUAUGCUGUAUUGCCUGGUUCUACAGACUGAGCGUAAACUGACGAAUCGCAUUUGGGUAAUUUGAGAAGAAAAAAGUGAUCCUUCAAUACUAACUUUGACGGAAUUUAAUGUAUUUUUCUUGCCGUUUCAAACUUCAGACGUCAUCAAGUAAUAAGAGUCUGGAUUUGAGAGACAUUUUCAAACAGCACUGACGAUGAAGACGUCUGUAUUUACAGCCAUAGCCAUCUUUCUAAUCUUAGGAAGAAGCGUCAAGAUCAGCGAUGGCUACUGCCCAUGCCACCCUCCGUGGGUAGCUUACUAUCAACACUGUUAUCUCGUGGUAUUGGAGCCGAAGGCAUAUCAGUCUGCCGAGGACCAUUGCCUCACUUAUUCAAGGGGUGUGAGGCAAUGUCAUCUAGCUUCUGUAGUAAACGCGGAGGAAUAUGAUUUCAUCGUGAAUCUCGCUCGAGAAGCAUCUGUGAAAGAAUCCGGUAUCUGGCUGGGUCUCAAUGACAGGCUGGAAACGUCAAAUUUCGUGUGGACCGACGGAUCGAAUUCGUCUUUCAAUCGGUGGUAUCACAUAGACGAACCUGAUGCCAGCAACAACUGCGUGCGAACAGAUGCCAAUCAUGAAUACAGGAUGAAUGAUAAAUCAUGUUCGACCAAGCUUGCUUCGGUGUGUAAAGCGCUCCAGACCCUAGACAGUCCCGUGUUGCUUGCCAUGCUUGUGACGAACACAUUUUCUUCGACUGAUUUAGGAGCUGCUACCAUUUUACCUCCCAUGUGCACGCAAGCUGUCCGACUCUCAUCGAAUGAACACUCAUCAACCGUGAGGCGAUAGCAGGAAUUUCUCCAUUGACACGAUGGUUCGGAACUCUGUGUCGACGGUUUGAUGGAAACAACAGCUAAACAAGUGAUAGGAUGAACAUCCUUGCAACCGGUGCAGAUCCUACGUCCAUAAGAGUCAUUAUUCCAUCCACAUCUAGAAGACGAUGACUGUAAAAGUCUGUCAAGUCGGCUUUGGAAUCAGCCCUUUUAAAUUAAUAACGAUGUUCGAACUUCACCAGUUCAAAAUGCUCGAUAACUUAAACGAUAUCGCCAGUUUGAUGAGAACGUCAAACAAAACUUACAAUGACGCAAAAAUUACACAACCCAAAAGAGCUUUGAACGAAAUAGCAGUCCAUGUAUAGCUUAUUGAAUCAGCUGUUAUGUUCUCUGCACUUAUUGCUCAUAUGACAUAAGUUAAAGUCGUCAAAACUAAUCAGUAAAGCCGGACACUGACAUUGUUCUAUAAGAAACAUAUGAACUUAAGCACUAGUAGGAAUCUUGGCGAGAUAAACCACGCUGUUAGUCCCGUUCAUUUUAAAACAGGUUUUUAUAAACUACGAAUAUUGACACACUUAUUUCUUUGUACCGUUUCAAGGCAAAAGUUAAUGUAAUCCAUAUCAGACACGUCAAGUCGAAUCAUUUAUUCAAGGUUGACAAAAAAGAAUUGAAUAUUAUUAAUCAUCUUUUAUUGUGCACAACGCAACAGUUUAAACAAAUUAAUCUUUGAACUUUGCGAAAUCUAUAACGCUGAGGAUCAGAAAAUGAUAUUGUACACUGAUAACACAACCGGUUUCCAUCAUGGGGGCGGAGCUAAGAACAGCAAGGGACGGCGUAUUAAAGUAGGGUCUUUCAAGUAAAGUUUCUCCUUUGUACCAAACGCGCUGAUAAUGAAAUACUUUUAUAAUGUCAAGCCAAGUCUUUAAUUAUAAGAAUUGAGGUAUGAGCCAAAUGAGAAAGAUUACAGGGGUAUUUGCUGGAGUCAAUAAGAUUAAUUUCCCGUGUGUGGUGUACAUGAACCGUGACAUCGCUCACGCGCCACUGCUAUGGCGCCCUCAUCCAAGGCAACAAACAGUAAUUGAACAAGCCCGUCGUGUAAAGUACAGUUUUUUGACAAUUACAUUUUAUAAAUACCAUCAUCAAGCCGGGUUGUAAUAUAACAUAAUGAACUUUGGAAUUUUACCACUCGAGAAUGUUUGUCUUGCUCUUUCAGCACGUAGUGUUAUUACACGCUUGCCUGUACAGUGCAUCUAAAGUAUGAAAGAACAUCAGUAUUCAUGGAUUAAUUACCACAUAUCUUGCCGAUACAUGGAUGUAGCAAUAAUUAUUUCGCAGAAAUAUCCCCUCUGGUUAUCUCAAAACAAACGCCUGGUAUCAUUUACUGCUUGAGCAAGAUUUUAAAAGUGUCAGUACAAACUAAAAUCAGAGCAUAAGUUUAUUUGACAUAUAUUAUGCCUCUGAGAGCAAUAAUAACAUUCCCUUAAAAUUACAUAUAAAAAUGCAUGUAUUCGCUAACAGAUUCAAUACAUGUAGAACUGUAGGCAGCAUGACAAUAUAUAUUAUCACUUAGAUGUUGAUCCAUUAAAAACACUAAGGCAUGCAGCGUUACUUACAAGA